GCUGCUUUCCCUCCUCCGUUCUGCUCUUCCCACCUCACGCCGCCUCGUCUUCGACGGUGUUGCAUUCUCAUCUCUCUCUCUCUCUCUCUCUCUCUCUCUCUCUUCGUUUCUUGCUCCGUCCUUUGUUUUCUUGUUUUGGCGAAGAUGGCGACUCGCACAUGCACGGAGGAUCCCGCGUAUCUUUUUCUUGCCACAUCUACCGCGGAAUCGCGUGCGUUAGCUGUCGCGGCUUGUCGACAUUUUUAGAAGCUGCCCAUUACGGGAUAAAGUCCACAUCUUUGCACCUUCUUCGCAAUGCGCGCACAGCCUCUUUUCGUCGAGCCUCACGACAAGAACCGGCAGUGACCGAAGGCCAUCUUACCCACAAUCUCUGUUCUCCUUCUUCUUCUGGGUCGCUCUUGUUUUUUUUUUUUUUUUUUGGGGGGCGGGGAUUGAAGCGUUUCUGUUCGAUCGAGUUUUGGGAGUUUCAACUCGGCGAUUCUGAGUUCAUCUGCUUCGACUGCGAUGCUUUUGACUGCGUGUCUUGCCGGCUCUGUUUCGCUCGAGUGAUUCGGUCGCGGUCGUAGUUUUUGACAGCUAUUCGCCUCGGGGCUGGUUCGCAUCAAUGAUCGAAUGGGAAUAUUCAUGUCCUUAAUUUAUUGCUAGAGUGACAUUCUUGCGUGUUUUGGUUUCUCAGGGGGGUGAUUUCAUGUUCUGCGUUGAUGCAGCCGACUGGGAUAAACAGCUGCGAGAUUAUGACAUGGGAUCUCUGGGAUCCACCCCACAUCCAAGUUGCACCAGAGAGCGGCAUCAACGUGCAAUGCGGGUGUCAACAUGACUUCCAUGGAGGUUAUGAUGUUGAUCUACUAGAAGAGAAUGCAGCAAAUGAGAUGGCUUGUGUACAAGCGCUGCAAAUAUUGGUAAGGAAGGCCGAUGAUGAAAUUGAUGAACUAGAAAAGCAUCUGGUGUGCCUGCAGAGUGAACUAGCAUGUGUCGAAUAUGAAGAAUGGCCUAACAUAUGCUGCAAUGCAUUGAAAGAAAAGAUUGAUCACUUCCAUGUAUCUCUGAAGCGGUUGAGGUGUAGAGAUCAAGAUGAUUCUGGCGCUCAUUCAAAUGUGAAUGACGAACCUGCUGAGAGAACGCAUGACAUGGUGAAGGCUCUACUCAGGAGCUACUGCCAUGAAAAGAACCAGAAGCGUGAACAAUUUCUGCAAACAGUUGAGGGAAGUUCCAGUACAGAUGCAGUAGAUUAUUCAUCUGCUCAUUCCAAUUCUGACGAGAAACAAUGGGAGGAAUCUCAUCCCAAAGCUUUAAUUUCAGAGCCCUCAAGUACCAGCAUCAAAAGCUCCAGUUCGUCUGCUCUAAGAGAUGAAACUACUUGCAAUGGGAAUAUGAUUAAGGUGUGUGAGCCUAAACUGGAAGUUAGUGAUGAUGUUGAACAUGGAAAUGGUAGUGCUAUAAAUAGGAGCAGAAUCUUAAAUCAGCCUUUGAAGCUGCAGGAGAGCACCGCCAAAUCUGAUGAGCCUUCAGAUGCAACCACUGAAUAUACUGUUCCAGAUCCUUCUAUUGAUGAUGGUGGCUGCAAUCGGAGAACAAAGACAUCUAACACUGCAGCACUUCCAGAAAACAACAGAAAUCCUGAUAAAGAGCCAAUAUAUAGCGAUCAAAUGCUAAAAAUCGCCUUGAAAUAUGGAAAAGAAGAACCAAAGGAUGCUCUUACCAAGAAGCAGGCCUUGCCGAUCUCAUCUUUGUUUGUUAGAGGGGAAACCAGAAAUUCUGACACUGAAAGUUCUGCCUUGACCUCAUUGGUAGAGCUAGAGGACCAGAAAAGUGAACACGUGAUGAAGACAGAUCCUGGGGAAGAAGACAAAGUUUCUACUGCAGUCAAAUUACUGGAUGAUGCUUCUGUUGCUGAUAGAUCUAACUUGAUCUGCUCAAAGAGGCCACAGAAGCAGAAGUACAAGAGGGAAAUAGAGCAAUAUGAAAAUGUGUCAAGUCCUAAAAGAUCGCAGCAAGUGGAAAUUGCACCAAGUGCAUCCCUUUCAAAGACCAUAGGGGGAAGGAUGUCCGGAAUUGUUAAUGAGUGUGCCAAUGUAAAUAAGCCUCCGACUGGAAAGAUUUUGAACGAGCUUGUUCUUGCGAUCAACUCCGAAGCCAAAUCUCCUGCUCUUGCCCCUGAUGUUAGUGCAGGUUUGGUUUAUCAGCAACAAGGGAAGAGACAGAAGACAUCAAACACAGCAACUUCCAUGAGGGUUACCCAUGCACGUGUUAAAUUGGGCGACUUAGAAGCAGAAGUAUCUGGUUCUGGAUGUAAGGCCGAACCACUGAUGAUCAAACAUGAGAAAUCAGAUGAUUUACACAACAAGCUGGGGAUAUUUCGGCCUCCAGCGGAAAUCAGUUUGGAGAGUUUGAAGGUAAAUGAUCUGAGGGCCAUUGCAAAGGAACACAAACUCAAAAACUACCAUAAGCUUAAAAAAAAGUUGCUGGUCGAGCAAAUAUCUAAUACAUUGGGUCGUUGCUAGAUCACAGGAUUGGCUCCAUGUUCAAAGGACCACGGCGAGAAAUCAACAUCAGGUGAUACACUGUAAUAGGUACUUUAGUAAGUAAAACUUUAUUACACAUGUUCAGAUGUACAUAAAUAGGUAUACACGUGCUGAAAGAGUAGGCAUCUAGGAAAUGAUAGAACAGUUACAUAGUCAUAGACUGUCAGGUUUCCCCACAAAUCCAUGUACUGAAUCACUUGUCUUUUGUACUUCGUACACUCCGCAAAGUAGAAACGAUGUGUUGUCCUGGAGUUGGAGUUUGUAUAUUUCGUUUGUGAAUGUUGACUAAGUGCA